CUCUCUGGUAUACUCACUUGUGAGUAUCUGAACACUGUGAGCUGUCAACUCCGAAACUUUCCGGUCGUUUUGACCGUUGCAUCGUCGGAGUUGAUAAAGCCCUCCAAGACACCAGGUAAAACUAGAGUUCUAAUCAUGGUUAUCAAUAUGGGCAUGAUUUCCCCCAUUUUCUCCUCUUUUUUCUUCUCCUUUGCAUCCGAUAUAUCAUCACUGUAGUAAAAUGUUCGAUUAAAUUGUGCUCUUGGGUUAACCAUGCUGGUUGAUUUUUAGAAUGUUUGUGUCUCUGUUUGUUCUAAUUUUUCUUUCGAGUUAUCUGAUCGGUCUGUUGCUUUGCAAGUCUUCCAAUUAGAGAUGCAAACUAUGGAUUCAAUCUUCGUCUCUUCUUUCUGUUAAUUCAUCUGGGAUGUGUAAUGGACUCGAAUUUUCUAUAUAAUUUUCGUGAAAUAAAUAGUUAUUUAGAUAGCAAACGUGUCCUAGAAUUUCUAGUAUCGUCAAUUGGACGGUCAAGUCUAAUUUCCCAUAACAGUAUGGUUAAAAUAACAUUGUUAAAAUUAAGGUAAUGGGGUUUUUAGCUAGUAAUUCUUGUAGCUACUUUCUUGUGAGCAUUGUUGGGUUGUAUUUCAGUUUGGAUUAUUGAAAUGGUGUUAGAAAUAGUGAUUUGAUUCGGGGGAACUGCCAUUAGGCAAGUAGCUCGUUACUACCUAUUAGAUGUCUUUUCCCAUUGAUUCUGAUUUUUUCAUUUUCUACUGAUUUUAAAGAAAUAAUUCUGUUUGGAAAUGGAGGCUUAUGGCCAGAAAACAGAGAAAAAGUAAGAUAGAUGCUGGUUGUUCUUAUUGUGUCAUUUGUCAUUAAUUGCGUCCAUAAGUGCUGAAGUUGCUAGUUGUCGUUGUUGCCAUUAGGUGCUCUAGAUAGAAAGAUGAAUUUGGGUGAUCACAUAAGAUAAAGAAAGAUGAAUUUGGGUGAUGAUGUUCUGAGCUUGUUUUGAUGGAGUCCAUGGAUGGGAAAGGGGAAGAAAAAUACAUUGAAGUAUGUGAUGUAGUUAAACCUUUAAUUCCUGGGUGUUUCCUAUGUUUAGUUGCUGAAAAGUGUUAUUAGAAUAUGGAAGAUGAAUGAUCGAUGAUCUGGAAGUAAAGGUUUGGUUUUGAAAUGAUUGCAUGUGAUCAAAAUGAGACGAUUAUUUUGUUUUCUCUACAGAAAAAUCAGAUUUGAGUCCACCUGUUGAGAGGUUCGUUUCUCCUAUUUCUCAAACCCUUUUCUAGGAUUUCUUGAUAUGAAUCUCUUCUAUGUUUAAUCAAGUUUUUAUCUAUAAUUGGACUCCUGAUUUGUCCGGAAAUCUGAUUUGAACAAGUCAUGUCCACUUUAUGUUACUGAAAUUGCAGAAAAAUCAGAUCUGCGUCCUCUUGUUAACAGGCUUAUUUCUCCUAGGUCUUGAAUACUUUUCUUGAAUUUCUUUGUAAGAAACUCUUCUACGUUUAUUGUAAUUUAAUGCUGUUUUUACGGAUUGCAAAACGGAGUUAUGGAUUGUACAAAAAUUCAGUUUGAACAGGACAUUUCCAUCACUGAAAAUCUGGAACUUUCUACCAGACAAUCUGGUCUGAGCUUCUGUUUUGGAGAUCCGUUUCUUCUGAUUUCUGAACCUUCUUCUCUGAAUUCUUUUCAUGAAACUCAUCCGUGUUUAUGCUAGUUUAAUAUUUUCUUUACGCCUUGCUAAUAGGAUUAAUGGUUUGCUCAAAAAAUGUUCCUUGAAUAUGACCACUUAGUCACCUUAGUGCUGAAAAUUGAAAACGGAAGAUUAUAUGGGUUAACAUUGAGGCCUCAUUUCUCCUCGACCCAAACCCCUUUACUAAUGGAGCUUUUUCGCUUUAUUUCUCUGUCUGUCAAGGUGUAUGAUGUCGCCAAUAGACCACAGAAUGGUGUAGCAAUGGUUUCAUUUCAUGUUAGAAAGCACCGUAUCUUUUCAGAGAAAAAUGCAAUUUUUAUUAGAAUUAGAAAACAAGAUUCGGGUGAUUAAUUUGUGAAACCAUACUUCACUUCAUUUAAACCAAUAAUAUCAGUGUGACAUGCUGUGGAGGGAUGUUUUAAAUUGAUUAAAUAGGGAAUGUCUAUUGUUCAAAAUGAUUAUGGAACGAAAUGCGGACUUUAGUUGAAGCUGGUGACUCUAGGCUUGAAGAAAAUUUCUGUUGAAUCGAGCACUGAAGUGAAUUGUUUAGGUCACGAAAGAGCCAAAUUGGUCCAUAGAGUAGCUUAUUGGCAUUGCAUCAAAAUUGGCUGUUCAUAUCCUAAUUUUACUUCUGUAACUCUCUGCUGGACAAGGCUUUGAGAUUUCUUGAUAAAGAGAUGGUUUUGAUUGAAUUUUUUACUGGUGUAUAGCUGGAUCUCAAACAUUUAUUUACCAAGGGGGAAAGAAGAUCCCACAUUCCGGCUCUUGUAGCCCUUGGGGAUCGAAAAUGCAAACGGCUUGUCAAUUUUACUCUGUUUUCUACUUCUCCAACAGAAGCAACCCUCUUGGAAUAGCUCAUAGGACAAGAAUAAAAUCCUUGAGCCCAAGUCCACCUGCCAGAAAACUGGAAUUUGCCACGGGAUCUUGGACUUGUAAAUUUCCGGGGCCAGUGCGACAUAGCAGAUUGCCAGUUAUUCCCAAUUCAAAUGAUGGUCACCCAUGUGUCACUGUAUCCGAAGAUGAUAAGAAUACAACCCAAGCCUUAAAUCAUGAAGUGGCUUUUAAUCAUGAAGUGGAGACUUUUCUGAAUAAAUGGUCACCUCCCCGGUACUUGUGGAGAGGAUUAUCUGUUCUUAUCUUGGCAGGGCAAGUAAUUAGUAGAGUUAUAAAGGGUAAAGUUCAUUGGCGAAACACCCUUCAACAACUGGAAAGGGUAGGACCUAAAUCUGUUGGUGUCUGCUUUUUAACUUCCGCGUUCGUGGGAAUGGCUUUCACUAUACAAUUUGUCAGGGAGUUCACCAGGUUAGGGCUGAAUAGAGCCGUUGGUGGAGUCUUAGCCCUUGCUUUUUCCCGAGAGCUGAGUCCUGUAGUUACAUCAAUCGUAGUUGCAGGUCGUAUUGGAAGUGCAUUUGCUGCGGAAUUGGGCACAAUGCAAGUCUCCGAGCAGACUGAUACAUUGAGGGUUCUUGGUGCAGACCCUGUUGAUUAUCUUGUUACGCCAAGAGUUAUUGCUUCCUGUGUUGCGCUGCCAGUUUUAACCCUAAUGUGCUUCACAGUGGGAAUGGCUUCUAGUGCUUUACUUGCGGAUAGUGUUUAUGGUGUGGGGAUAAAUACAAUCUUGGAUUCGGCUCAACGAGCCCUUAGAUCAUGGGAUAUAGUUAGUGCUAUGAUCAAGUCUCAGGUUUUUGGUGGGAUCAUAUCCAUUGUUAGUUGUGCAUGGGGAGUUACCACAUCAGGCGGCGCCAAAGGAGUUGGAGAAUCUACAACUUCUGCCGUUGUCAUUUCUCUUGUUGGCAUUUUCAUUGCUGAUUUCGCUCUAUCGUAUUGCUUCUUCCAAGGAGCUGGGGAUUCACUGAAGAAUCUAUGACACAGUUCACUGAAGAGUUCUAUAAAUUUGGUGGGCUCUUUUUUGUAAAAGCAAUUUUUCUUGGAACAAAGAUGUUAUUAUGUUGUAGUUGAAUGUUCUUUUUGUCAUAUACUGGCUGAUGGCUGUUAAUAGUUCUAUUGGUGUUGGUCAAUCUGAGAAAUCAGGCAUUUUACUGAUGACUAGUGAACUACUCCUUUCCAUGGUUAUCCUAUUAAUUAAUAAUUUAAUACAACAGACCAGAUAAUCAAUUUGGGAUGGAGGGAGUAAUACAUUUGAAAAAGUCUCAAAUUUACUGAGCCAAAUGUGUGAUUUUCUUCUGUUUUGUUCCUUGAACUGUUGUAUAUUCUCCAGUUAGGACCUUUUUUC